CCUCCAGCAGGUAGAGCAGGGUGGAGGGGAACAUGAAGAGGAGGAAGGUGAAGUCGGCGACGGCCAGGUUGAGGAUGUAGACAGUGAUGGGGUUCCUGCGGAUGUGGAAUCCGAGGAGCCAGAGGACAGCCCCGUUCCCAGCCAGCCCACAGAGGCAGAUGAGCAGAGUGGCACCGUCUAUGGCCACAUCGGUGACAUUGAUCCCACAGGAAUCAUCUCCUUCAGUGUCCAUCACGGGAGAUGAGGGAGGUGGGGACGUCUGGUUCAGCUCCAUGGUGGAAGGGCACGCUCACUCCCUCCCUCCGGUGCUCCUCGCCACGGUCUUCUCCAGUGAGGAAAACUGGGAUCUCCACGUCCUCAGAAGCUCCAAGCAGCCUAUUUGUCCCCAAAUAAAGCUGCUUUUUGGGGCGUUUCUGCACAAUCACGGGUCAGGUACUGAGAGCACUGGGCAGUUGCACACAGGCUGCCUCUUCUCCCGUCAAAAUUCUGUUGGUCUUGCGGGAAAGGAAAUGUUUUGUCCGAGCAAAUACCCCAGAGGACGAACACUGCAGCAGUUACAUCUCGUUGUGAAAGAAUCUUGAUGCUUUUAGGAUUCAACCUGAUAUCUCAUGAGACUGCCUCCCAGCGUGAGGAUCCCUCUCCUCCGACUUCGUCCUGCACCAGGCCUGGGUGAGAAUUUGGAAUUUGUUGUCUGAGCCAUGACUUUGGAUUCACUCCAAUUGGUCUGGGGGCUCCAGAGCCCUCCUGGUCCUGCUGGUACUCACUGAGAGAGCCUGGAGAAGCAGAGAGGGUGGCAGGGGACAGCACACACAACCCCACAUCCCUCCCUGCAACCUUACACAAGAAGCACCAUUCACCCCCACCAAAGUUUUGGGGUGGCAGAAGAGGGGAGGGGAGAGGGUUUUGGGGACAUCCAAACAGGGGCACGGGGCACAUCACUGCUGGGGUGGCAUGUCCCCGAGCAAAGCGGGGUGUCACAGCCUGUCCCACCCGGGUUGGGAUCACCAGGAAAAGGCAGGCAGGUGCUGCUGAGCUGGGUGCCAGGGACAGAGGCUCGGGCAGGGCCGGGCUCAGCACGGCGCAGCAGGGGUGUGACAGUGACAGCGGGGCCAGGGCAGUGAGUCACCCCCGUGCCUCUCUCCACCCCUGGACUUUGCCUCCUGCGGAUGCUCAGGGCAAUAACAAUAAACCCCAGGCUCGGAGGCGGGAAUGGGGCGCCGGGGAGGGCACGGGGGUCCCAUCCCUGGCGGCUGCGCUGCGCAGGGGGAUCUGCAGCGGUGGGGUUGGGACGGGCAGUGGGAUGGGGAGUGGGAUCAGGGGUGAGGGUGCGCCUGAGGCAGCGGGCAGGGGUGCGAGGGAGCGUCGCGCAGGCAGGCAGGACACGCAGGUGGCAGCGUGACGCUUGUGCGCCGCGAGGACCUGCCGGGAGAAGGUCACCUGUGUGCCAGGACACCCGUACGUGUGUCCCGGCCACUGUGACGGCCGCGGCGGGCGGGCCCGGCGGGCGGGUGACAGCCGCACCCUGGAGCGGGCGGGCGCUUGCCGCCUGCCUGUCCCCAUCCCUGUCCCCGCCGAGGCCACUCGGGCUCCGUGGCCCCACCGGACACCCCCAUGCAGCGGGAGCGCGGGGAGCAGAGCCCAGGAGCCCCCGAAACCGAGGUCAAGGCUGUCAUCGUGGGGGAUGGCGGCUGCGGGAAGACGUCGCUGCUGGUGGCCUUCGCCAAAGGGGACUUCCCCAAGGUCUAUGUCCCCACCGUGUUCGAGAAGUACACGGCGUCCCUCCAGGUUGCCGGCAAGCCCGUGAAGAUCCACCUGUGGGACACAGCAGGACAGGAAGACUAUGACAGGCUUCGCCCUCUGUCCUACUCGGAUGCCAACGUUGUCCUCAUGUGCUUUGAUGUCACCGACUCCAACAGCUUUGACAACAUCCUGACGAAGUGGUACCCGGAGGUGAACCACUUCUGCAAGGGCGUCCCGGUGCUGCUGGUGGGCUGCAAGACGGACCUGCGGCAGGACCAGGAGGUGCUGCAGAAGCUGAAGGACGGACGGAUAGAGCCCGUCUCCCGCCAGCAGGGAGAGGCCAUGGCCCGGCAGGUCCGCGCCGUGUCCUACAUGGAGUGCUCGGCCAGGUACCAGGACAACGUCGGGAACAUCUUUGUGACAGCCUGCAGUGCCGCCAUGGGUGCCGCCCGCCGGAGGCAGCGCAAGGCGGGACACAGGAGGGUCUGCGUGAUCCUCUGAGCCCCCCGGCUCGGCACAGCCCACCGGGACCUCCCGCUGCUGCCUCAGCUCUGCCGCCGCCACCGGAACGCCCUGCCACCCUCGCCACCCGGGGCUGGCACCGCCGGUCCCCGCGGGGUGACAGCAGGAAAGCGUUCCUGGCAUGAACUGUCGCGCCUGGAUCCCAGAGUCCUGUCCCUUUCCCGCUGGGGAUGCCAGCGUCCUGUCCCUGUCCCAGGGAUCCCGGUGCCACCACGGCUGCCAGCACCCGCUGCCAGCGGCUCUGGGGACACAGAACUGAUCGGGGGGUCCCCUUCCUGCUGGCAGGCCAGCGCCGGAGUGGGACACGGGGUGACCGCAGGGCGACCUGCUGCCAUUAAAGUGACACAAAACUCA